AUGAAACAGUACAAUCUAGGACCCAACGGCGGCAUUCUGACCUCGUUGAAUCUCUUUGCUACGAAAGUCGAUCAGAUCAUUGCUUUACUAGAGAGGCGGGUGGAUCCGAAUAAUCCUAGUAACCCUGGCGGGCGAGCCAUCAAACACAUCCUCGUCGAUACCCCCGGCCAGAUCGAGGUGUUCGUCUGGAGUGCGUCCGGGAGUAUCUUGCUGGAGACGCUGGCGUCUUCGUUCCCCACGGUUAUCGCGUACAUCAUCGACACGCCCCGGACGAGCUCGACCAGCACCUUCAUGAGCAACAUGCUCUAUGCGUGCAGUAUCCUCUACAAGACCAAGCUGCCGAUGAUCCUUGUCUUCAACAAGACGGACGUCAAGGAUGCCGAGUUUGCCAAGGAGUGGAUGACCGAUUUCGACGCCUUCCAGAGCGCUCUGCGACAGGAGGAAGAGGCAGGCGUCUUCGGAGGGGAAGGCUCAACGGCAGGCUUUGGGGCAGGCAGCGGGUAUAUGGGAUCACUGUUGAACAGCAUGAGCCUGAUGCUGGAGGAGUUUUACCGCCAUCUCAACGUGGUCGGGGUCAGCUCGAUGACGGGCGACGGCAUCGAUGAGUUCUUCGAGGCGGUGGAGGCGAAGCGGCAGGAAUUCGAGCGGGACUACCGGCCGGAGCUGGAGCGGAAGAAAAAGGAGCGCGAGGAGGCUAAGGCGGCGCGCCGAGAGCAGGAGCUGGGCAAGCUCAUGAGGGACAUGAGCGUCUCUGGGGCUAGCCGGGGGGCACCGCGCGACCGGGAUGCAGCAGAGACGGUCAGCGAGGCUGAGGAGGUGGACCAGGCCUCGCGCGACACCAUUGGCGGGUCUGAGAGCGACGAUGCCUCCGGGGAUGAAGAAAUUACUUCCGCUGGGGACGAUUCGGGGCUUACAGAGCGCUACAAACAGGCUCUCGCCGACUCGACCGGCCAUAAAACGCCCUCGGAGCAGGAUCUGAGCUUUAUGAGGUAUCUGCGUGCAAGCAGCAAGAAUGUCAACCGGUAA